CUUGGUCUGUUUUCUUCGUGCGGCCGAUUGGACCGAUCCGCCGCGCCGAACCGGGGACCAUCAUCAUUCAGUCGCACUUCGUACGGCGUCUGGUUCGGAUCGAUUUUGUUUUGCGAGCGUGUGGUGUGCUGUUGCACUGGCGUUGGGUAUAUCGCGUAGCGUUCCGUGCGAGCUUGGUUUCCGUCUCUCGCGCGCUCAUGGGGGGAUCAUACAUGGCAAAUUUGAAUGGGGCAUAAUUUGCAAAUUAUGCUUCCAACGCUGUCCUGCCAGCGGCAGUGGUUGUGCAUUUCCGCCGUCUCAGUGAGAAGGAUUGCGCGCGUUUGAAGAGGAGAAAUUGGUUUGGGCGGAGUGCGAUGGUGAUGUGGUGACGAGAGAAAGUAGUCCUUGUGUUGUUGAUUGAGCGAAUGCGAGGAUUGAGGUUUGGGCCGGGCCGGGUCGUAAUCCGAUGAAAUACGGAAUAAAGUGCGGAGAAGCUUAACGGAAUUGGCAAAGCGAGAAAAUAUGCGACGAAGAAGCCGGAUUCUGGAGAAGUGUCGUACUCAAGUGGCGUGAAUUUGGUGCAAGAAGGGGGAUGAGAAUUGCUCGCGAAAAUUUUGGAAAUUCAUGUGCUGAAUAAAGUGAGUGGCUUGUGGGGAGAUAAAACGGCAAAUGUCGGAACGGUAUUGAAGUGCAUGGAAGGAUAACUGGAGGAAAAGCUGCAAGAAGAAAAAUGUGCGCUGCAGCAGAAGGAUGCGUCUGGUGUGUUGUUUAUUGCUGGCGAUUAUUACCCUCUUUGCAAUGAAGUAAUAUACGAGUAUGGAAGAGAAGUGCUUCCUCCUAGGGCUGUUGUGCGAAGAAUAUAAUGAAGCUAGUGGAAACAAGUGAAAGAGAGUUAAUAAAGAGGGUGUAAAGAAUGGGUAAAAUGGCAAACGUGUAUUCAGUGUUAAGUUCCAUUGUCCUAGUGUUGGGUUAUGCAAAUGUUGGAUUAAGCAUACAACAGCCGCCGCAGGAUGCAUAUGGCACACAGGAGAUGUCCGGCCUCAGUCCGGACGAGUUUCAACAUCACAAUCGCUGCGAACCGAUCACAAUUCCCUUUUGCACGGACAUCCAGUACAACAAAACCAUCAUGCCGAACCUGCUGGGGCACGCCAAGCAGGAGGAGGCAGCUCUCGAGGUUCACCAGUUUAUUCCGCUGGUUAAAAUCGACUGCAGUCCAGAUCUGAAGUUUUUCCUCUGCUCUCUGUAUGCCCCAGUUUGCACGAUACUCAACUACCCGAUUCCGCCGUGCCGGAGUCUGUGCGAAAGUGCACGCGUCUGUGAAAGCAUCAUGCGGACUUUCGAUUUCCAGUGGCCGGAGAAUCUCGAGUGCACCAAGUUCCCGGUCGAUGGCAAGGAGCUGUGCGUUUCGCAGAACAAUUCAUCCGAGAGUACGCCAAUACCGCCGAGUGCGGUGUACACCACCAAGCCCCAGGUCCCACGGAGAAACACUCCGCCCAACGCGCCCCACCGGGAUCUGGGCUUUAUCUGCCCGGUUCAGCUGAAAGCACCGACGAUUAUGGGCUAUCAACUGACGGUCGGAGGAAAGGUCACCAAAGACUGCGGCGCGCCGUGCAACUCGAUGUUCUUCUCCGAGAGCGAGCGAACCGUGCUCAAGUACUGGGUCGGCUCGUGGGCCGCCGUCUGCGUGGCGAGCUGUCUGUUUACGGUGCUCACGUUUCUGAUCGAUUCUUCGCGCUUUCGAUAUCCGGAGCGGCCGAUCGUGUUCCUGGCGAUCUGUUAUCUGAUCGUGGGCUGUGCGUACGUGGCCGGGCUCGGGGCAGGCGAUUCGGUAGCAUGCCGGGAGCCGUUCCAACCGCACAUCAAGCUGGGCCGGAUGCAGAUGCUGGCGACGAUCACGCAGGGCCACCGCCAGUCAACGUCCUGCACCGUGCUCUUCAUGGCCCUGUACUUUUGCUGUAUGGCCGCGUUCGCCUGGUGGGCCUGUCUGGCACUGGCCUGGUUCCUCGCCGCCGGCCUCAAGUGGGGUCACGAAGCGAUCGAGAACCGGUCCCAUCUGUUCCAUUUGGUGGCGUGGGCCAUCCCGGCCGUGCAGACCAUUUUCGUGCUCGCGCUCGGCAAGGUGGAAGGUGACGUCCUGUCCGGGGUGUGCUUCGUGGGCCAACUGGACACUCACUCGUUGGCCAUGUUCCUGCUGAUUCCGCUGUGCAUCUACCUUUCGCUGGGAGCGAUAUUCCUGCUGGCCGGGUUCGUGUCCCUGUUCCGCAUUCGGACGGUGAUGAAGCACGACGGCACCCGAACGGACAAGCUGGAACGGCUGAUGCUGAGGAUUGGAUUCUUUAGCGGGCUGUUCAUCCUGCCGGCGCUGGGCUACUUGGGCUGUUUGUUCUACGAGUAUUAUAAUUUCGACGAAUGGAUGAUCCAGUGGAACCGGGCAAUGUGUAAGAUUUUUUCGAUUCCCUGCCCGGCCACCAAGUACAACAGCAACAUGGUUCCGGAGGAGGAGAAACCGAUCUUUCACAUUUACAUGGCGAAGUACGUGUGCUCGAUGCUGGUCGGGGUGACGUCGAGCGUUUGGCUGUGGUCCGGCAAAACCGUGGUCAGCUGGAGGCAGUUUGCCGAACGGCUGCAAGGUAAGGACGCCCGGAGCCGGGGAGCUUAUGUUUAGUAGAGAAGAGGGGAAAUUAAGAAUGGGUCAUCCACGAUGCUGGAGAAUCGGAAUGAGAUUUCUAACCAUAUUGUAUACCAACAAACCCCGUAACACCUGUUUUUCGCGAACCGUUAGAGAGUUUAUGAGUGUGUUAGCUUUAUGGAUGACCGCCCGAAAGUAAGGUCCAAAAAAAAAACAAACAAACUAUCGACUCAUGCUCUCCUCGUAGAAUAGAUACCAGCGAAACAAAAAACUGAGAAAACAAAACGUGUGAAGUGUACAGACUUGAUUUCACUCUCAAAUGUAUAAAAAAAGUGCAUAGCGAUACCAGGAGCGUUUUUUUUUUUCUAUUACUGAAUCUCUUAUCGAUGUUAUACUCUAUCGAUUCAAUUGGAGGAACAGUUGUUUUAAUAGACCGAAAAAGUUCUGUUUCUGACGCCAUUUGACACUACUUAAAGAAGUUUUGUUAGAGCAAAGAACGAACGAACGGAACUUCCGGGGCUUUCUCUGCAAAACAAAUAUCAUCCCGUCCAAAUAUGGAAAUCACACGGUUUUCACAUUAAAUCUGACUUUUAGUGCCAUUUUGGAUUACUCCAGACGUUCCUUUUAGAGUUUCAUUCAGGAACCCCAUCUGUGGACUGCGCCAGGCAUACCAUCUAGCUAGACAAUCACCCAGGAACGCCAGUUAAUUCCUACAGAAAUUUUAUCUGGGGAUUCCUCCAGGAAUUCCAUCAGUAUAUCAUUCCAGAAACACCAGCUAGGAUUCCUUCAGGAGUUGCUGCUGGGGAUCCAUCCACGAAGUUCCACCUUGGAUGCCUUUUGCACGUUCCUUCACAUGCCUUCAUGAGCUUCUUUUGGGGAUGACUCCACGAAGUUCAUGAGAAGCUUCAUUAGGGAUUUCAGUCUAGUCUACAGGAGUUUAGUCUAGGAUCCGAAUUCGAUCUACGUAUUUCGACAGGAACUUCGGAAGGCUUGUAUCAAACUUUUUAAGGAUUGCCAGAAACAACUCCUGGAAGAUUUCCGUAAGAAACACAGAUUGUCUACUACACGGAAAAAGUUGUGUUUACGUCUUUUGAACAUGAGCUUUAUUUUCGUGUGUUUGUGGUCAGAAUUAUCAAAACAAAUAUUUUCGGUAAUGCUGAAGGUUCUUACUGAAAGCUUGUGGUUUCAUGAUAACGUUGGGAAUCCUCUGGAUCCUUCCUAUAUCCAGCAGAUAUUUCCGGCAAGCCGACAAUUCAGAUAAGGUCUUCUUCUACUUUAUGGCUCUACGUCCUCAUUGGGACUUGGCCUGCCUCACUUCAACUUAGUGUUCUUUGAGCACUUCCACAGUUAUUAAUUGAAGGGCUUUCUUUGCCUGCCAUUGCAUGAAUUUGUAUAUUGUGAGGCAAGUACAAUGAUACACUAUGCCCAGGGAGUCGGAUUGGCGAUCCUAAGCCUUAACCAUUAGGCUAACUGGAGACCCCAAUUCAGAUAAGGUGUGCGGAUGAAUUUGGAUGUUAAAAUCCCUCUAGAAACUCCGCCACAAGGGUUUUUCUUGAAAUUCCGUCAGGGGAUUGCUCUAGAAAUUCCUCUUGUAAUGUCUCCCAGAAGUUCUCACAAGAUGUCUUGUGUCUAUGUGAUUCUGCCAGGGUUCCUAAACUCCGACCGUUUUUUCCCUGAAAUUUCCUACGGGGUUCAUACAGAAUUUCUGUCCAUAAUAUCUUCCAGAGGUUUUUCCAGUAAUGCACCUAGAGUCCUUCGUGGGAUUCCUCCUGCGUUUUGCUCAAGCACUUUUUCUUGAGAUUUCUACGAGAAAUAAUCUCGGAAUCUCCACAUAAGUUCCUCUAAGGAUACAUCGCAGAUGUCGUGGCGGAGUUUCUCUCGGGAUUUCUGUUGAAGGAUUUUCGCAUUUUUUUCCAUAUCCUCUUGGGAUUUCUCUAGGAGAUCUUCCUGUGAGUUCUCUCUGCGUUAUUACAGAGACUAUUCCUGGGAUUUCACCUGGAGAUCCUCCAAGGAUUUCUUAAGGAAUUAUUCACGAAUUAUCUACUGGAGUUCCUCCUGUGAUUUCUUCCCCAAAGUUUAUCCUGUAAUUUUUUCAAGAAAUAUCCGUGGGCUUUCUUCUAGAGUUUUUCCUUGGAUUUCUACAGAAGUUUUAGCUGGUACAUCUCCGAAAGCUUCUUUUUAGAUUUCUUUUGAAGUGUUACCAAAGGGUUUCUCGGAGUUUCUCACGGGAUUUCUCUCAGAAAAUUCUGAUGUAGGUCCUAGGAUGUCUCUCAAAGCUAAUCUGAAUUUACCCUGCACUUUCUUCCAAUUAUUUUACGCAGUGUUUUCUGGAACUUCUGCGGGAGGUUUCGCUGGUAUUGGAGCUCUUCCCGUGAUUUCUUUCGAAGCAUUUUUCAGGCUUAUCCUUGUAGAUGUUGCUUGCAGUGAUCAGCAUUAAAUUUUGUUUAACUCGGGAUAUUCGCAGAGGUUUUCCCGGAAUCCCUACCAGAAAUUGUCCUCAGAUUCUGGAAACCUCUUUUAGGGAUUUCUUUAAUAGUUGAUCCCUGAGUUCUUGCGGCGAUUUUUCCGAGAGAUUUUCUCCGGAAUGUUCCUUGUAAGAAAUUCACGGAGAAAUAUCGGAAAAAUUACAGCGUAAAUCUUUCAAAACUCGAGGGGAACUUCAGAAGAAAUUCUUUAAAAAGGUGAAACAUCUUGGGAAAAAGUUCAGGGAGUAAUCCUGCGAGGAAAUAACAAAGAAAUUCAACUGUAAAAAUGUCUAACGGAAAUCCCGGAAGAAACUACGGACGAAAUCGCGCGAGGAAAUCCAAGUGAAAUGUCCUGGAAGAACUUGUGUGAAUGUCUCACAAAAAUCCCGAGAGAAAUUGUUGGAAAGCUUUACCGGAAAAGCACCAAGAGAAAUUCAUGAAGGAACUUUUGCUAUGUUUUGCAUGGAUCAACUUUUGGCAAAAACACCGAGAGAUACUCCAGCAGAAAUUCUGGGACGAACUUUAGUGGAAAUCCCAGGAGCAACUUUCGGAAAUCCCGAAUUCGUAAAACAACCUCUGGAUGGAAAAUCAAGAGAAAUGGAGAAAUCCCAAAAAAAUCUCUGGCAAACUUUAAGAGGAAAUAAUAUUGGUUUCAAGAACUCCUGGGAAGAAUUUUGUGUGAAAUUGCGAAAGAGUUUAUAUUAGGAAUGAGUGUUUGAAUGUCAUUCCUUUUUAAAAGAAGUUUUCGAUAGAAAUGUCACACUAAUUUCAUGUAAUUAACCCAGGAGAAAUCUUGGAGAAAUUUAGAAAUAAUGUAUUUUUCGAAAUAAAAAAUGACCAAUGAGUAGACACCCUGAAACAUCAGGAGGGCUCAAUGAAGGAAUUUCUGGAGUAUUUUCUGAAAAAUCUUCUUAAGGAUUUGCAGAAGGUUCCUCUGGACGAUUUCCAGAAAAAAUUCCUGGACAAGGAGAAUUUCCUGCUAUUUGCCGUUAACCGCUUCUAACCGCUGCUAGCAGUUGUUAGUAACGAAUGAAUACGGAUUUUUCCUGUGACAUUUCUCAGGAGAGAAGUGGCAUUUCUCAUUCACCUGUUAAAUUGCUAGAAGGAACUUCUGGAGGAAUCCCAGAUAUUCCUCAUUUACCCGGAAAAAUGCUUGAAGGAACUUCUGGAGGAAUCCCAGGCUAAUCUUCAGAAUGAAAUGCAGUAAGAAAACCUGGAAAUAUUUGUAAGACGAUUAUAUAAAGAAUCCAGCACGUAAUAUGAUUUAAAAUCAAAGUGCCAGAUGAACCAUAUUCACAAAUACCAAAAAAGGAACUCCAGGAGAAGUUAUUGAACCUACCCCAGUUAAAUUUUCUGAAAAAAAUGACAGAUGAAUAAAAAAAACUUUUGGAGAAAUCCUAUAAAUACUAUUUAGUGAGACCCCAGAAGAAACUCCCAGAUAAAUAUCAGAUGGAAUUUCAGGAGCAGUUUCGGAAGAAAAUCUUGGAUGAAUUCCCGUAGAAAAUUCUGAAAAAAAACAUUGGAGAAACACUUGGAGCAAUUUGGAAAGGAAAAUAUCUUGAUGAAUCUUAAAAACAAAUUCGUUUUCUGGUAUUUCUCCAAGAAUUCCUUCUGAGGUUCUUGCAGAAGCUCGUUUUGAAAAAUUCACACAAGUUCGCAGUUCCAUCAAAAAAGAAUUCCGAGAAUUCCUUCAGAAUUUGCUCAGUAAUUGUGUCCGUGAUUCCUCCAAAAGUCACAUCUCGGGCUCGUGGAAAUUUCUUCCAAAGGUCAAGAAAUGUUUUCAGAAUUCUUAUAAAAGUUUGUUUUGGGAUUCCUCCAGAAGACCCUUAUAGGAUUUCUCUAAGAAUUUCUAUCAGAGAUUUAUCCAUAUCUGAAAGAAAUUUAUUCAAAAGAACUUCCAGGAUUCUUUCAGAAAUUCCUUCCUGUAUUCCUCAAGGAGUUCCUCCCAGGAUUCCUCCAGGAGUUCUUGUCGGGAUUUUUCCAGGAGUAUUCCCGGGAUUUCUCUAGAUUGUCUUUUUGGAAAUCCUCCAGGUGCUCCUUCCGGAACUCUUCCAGAAGCUCUUUACGGGAUUUUUCCAGGAGUUUCUUCAGAGAUUCCUCGAAGAGUUUUUUCCUAGAUACCUCUAGGAGUUUCUUCCAGAAUUUCUUCAGGUGCUCCUUCCGGGAUUCCUCAAGGAUUUCCUUCGUGAAUUCCUCCUGGAAACCUUUCUGGGAUCCUCUAGGAGUUUGUUCUGGGAUUCCUCAUUGUGUUCCUUCUGAGAUUCCUAAAAUAAUUCCUUAAGAAAUUCCUCCUGGAGUUCCUCUUUUUUUUCAUAGAUUCUUCCCGGAGUUUCUUCCUGAAUUCCUCCUUGAGAUCCUAACGGGAUUCCUUAGAGGGUGCUUUCUGGGAUUUCUCUGAGAGUACCUUCGGUAAUUUCUCCAGAAGUUCUGGGAUUGUUUCAGGAUUUUUCCAGAUAAUGUUACCGGAAGUUCCUGCCGAUGCCGGAAUUUCAUAAGGAGUACCCUCUGGUACUUAUGAAACAGUUCCUUCAGAAAUUCCUCCUGGGAUAUCCUCAAAUGUUCCUCCUGAAAUUCCUAAAUUAGUUCUUUACGAGAUUUCUUAAAUAGUUUUUCACGGAAUUUAGCAAGGACUUUCAUAAAUUUCUCCAGGAGUUUUUCCAAAACGUAACUAGAUGUUUUGGAUUCCGUCGAAUGCUCAUUCUUGAAUUCUUUCAUGGAUUUCUUCUGGGAUUCCUUUAGAACAUCAUACCUGGAUUUUUUCCAGUAGGGUUUUUCCUAGUUCCUCUAGAAGUUCCUUCCGGAAUGUUUCCAGGAAUUCUUUCCGGGAUUCUUCCAGAAGCUCCUUCCGCGAUAGCUCCAGGAAUUCCUUUCGAAAUUUCUAUGGAGUUCCUCCAGGAGUUCCUCCAAAAAUUCCUUCCAGGAUUUCUCUAAGAGAUCCUUCCAACGUUCAUCCCAGAGUUCCACUAAGAUUUCUUUCCUGGAAUUUCUUUCAGAAUAAAUACCUCCAGGAACCCCUGUAAUUUCCAGGAUUUCUCCAGGAGAUCCUUCUGGGAUUCUACCAGAAGUUCAUGGCGAGUUUCCUUCAGGAGUUCCUUUCGGGAUUCCUUCCUGAGCUGCUUUCAAGAAAUUAUUGCAGAUAUUUUUUUUGGAUGAAUUCAGAAAUCACCCAUCUAAAUCCAUUAGGAAUCCCAGAAAAAAAACUCCAGAAGAUAUCCUGAAAGAAUCUAGGUCAGAUGUUCUGGAGGAAUCCCAGCAGAAACUUCUGAAAGCAUCAUGGGAGUAACUCUUGGAGGAAUUCCGGAGGGAACUUAUGGAGGUAUCCUGGAUGACUCCAGGAAGAAACUCUUGAAUGAUUCCUGGAAGAAUCCUAGAAAAAACUCCUGUACGAAUCACAGAAGGAACUUCUUGAAUGAACUCCUGCAGGAUUUCCGGAUCAAACUCCGGAAGGAGUCUCGGAAAGAACUCCCGGAGGCAUUUCGGAAAGAACUUCUGGAGGAAUUGAAAAAAAAAGUCCUGGAAAAUCCAGGUAAGAUGUUUUGGAGGAAUCCCAUAAGGAAUAUCUGAAAGAAUUGAAGAAAGAUCAGGAAGGAAUUCGGAAGAAACUCCUGGACUUAUCCCGGAAGGAACUUUUGAAGGAAAUAGAAGAAACUCCUAGAAGACUCCUGGAAGGAACAUCUAAAUGAAUCCUGGAAGAAUUCCAGAACGAACUCCUGUAAAUCCCACAAGGAACUCCUAGAGGAAUUCCGUAUGAAAGUCCUGCAGGAAUCCUGGAAAGAUUUCCUUGAGGAAUCCCCGCAAUGGACUCCCGGAGGCAUCGCGGAAGGAACUUUUGAAGAAAUUAAAAAAAAACUCCUGGAACAAUACAGGUAAUUCCUGAAAUAAUUCAGGAAAGAGCAUACGAAAGAAUCCAAGAAGGAACAAUCUAAGGAAUUACCAAAAAGAAAGCCUUGUGGAAUCCCGAGAGGAAUUACAGGACGAAUCUCGGAACUCUUUGGAGAAUUCCGGAAGUAACUUUUGAAGCAGCCUUCGGGAAGAACCCUAGGAUGAAAUUCAUGGAAUAAAUCCUGAAGGAAUAGCUUUGAAAAAUCCUAGAAGGAACCUCCUGAAGCAUCUCGGAAGAAGCUCUAGGAGGAGUCUUGAAAGACAUUUCUGGAAGAAUUCUGAAAUGAGCUUCUAAAAAAAUCUCGGAAAGAACACCUGGAGGAAUGCCGGAUGAAACUCUCUAAAGAAGUAGGAGCUUCAGUUCAAUGGAUAUUUAACAGUUUAAUCAAAAUCACCAUUUAACUAUUUCAGAAAUGUUGCGAGCAUUUUAAAAUUAUGUGUCAAUUGUAUAAGCAAAUGUUUUAGCAUAGUUGUGUUUUUCCGAAAUUAUUUUGUACGGUUUGUUAUGAGUGUUGUUGUGUUUGUCUGGAGUGUUAUUUCAAAUUUGCACACUUCAAACGAUCGGUUGUUUUCUCAGUUCCACCCGAAAACCGCCCUAAUAAACGAAUAAUCAAAACAUAGAAUAAUCUCGACCACUGUACUGCUUGGUAGUCAGCGAACAACGCGCGCGUAUCCUGUAAAAAGUAAACUAGUAAACCUAGGUAUAUUUCGAAAGCUUUGUUCAAAUCCCGACAUUUGAGCGAACGUUGCCAAAUAUGUAGAGAUACUCAACAAUUUUCUGUUGACACCCAAACAUACACACAUAUACAAACACCUUUUUAGUUCUUAGUUCUUAGUCGUUAAGUGCAAGUCCUCUUAGUCAGCAAGCUACUUAAGUUGAUUUUACUUAGUUGUUCUGAUAGGGAACUCGUUGUUUGAUACUUUGUGUAAAAUUGUGUAUUAGGUUCACCGCGUAGCAGUUAAGAUAAUUUCAUUUCAUAGUUAAGUUGAUCGAAUUGUGUCAUAUUGUUAGACUUCGAGAACCGGAGCGAGUGAAUAACGUCAAUGGAUGUUUUCUUUUAACGCAUUUUAAAAAGUGAUUGAACAAUAGUAGUGUAUGUAAUUACAACAAAAAAAAAAAACUAUCGCGUAGAUAACUCUCUUCGUACGCUCUAGUAGAUGAAUAUGAAACCGCAUUUUUGUCCGAAUCGAAAUAAAUAACGAAAUUAUACAUCGUUGGUAUUAGUCGUGACGUUAAUUGACAGAAGAAAAACAAAAUGCAAGACUUUAAUAAAGAACAUUGAAUAAACUGUACAAAA